AUGCCAGCUCGAAAACAAUCACCGCCUCCUUCUUCGUCAGGAGCAACAUCGGUAAAUACCGCGACCGCCAUAAAUCUCGCAACAGCUGCCGUCUCUUCUUACCAAGAUACAACCACGACAUUAUCGCGUCAAAGAAGACGGAGACAAGAAAGUAUCAGUAGUAAUCAAGAAACUACACCAACUCGUAAAAGUCCACGAAACCCAAGUCGUGGCAAGACUCCUGUUAAUACUGAAAACAUGUAUAGUGGUGAAAGUAGUGAUGAAGACAAUGAUGAUUAUUCCUCAUCUCCGCCUAAAUACAUCGCAUAUCUUCAAGAAAGAAGGAUUGAUUCACCUUUCAUUGAUGUAGAGGAUGAUAUAAAGAGUGAUGACUUUUCGAGGGAAGAAGAAAAGUUUCGAGAAUUACAAAAUGAAGAUUCUUACAUAGCUGAAAGAGAGUUCCUUAAAAAUUCAUCUGAAUCGCAAGAACCACCCGACGAAGAAUCUAAUUCUGAGAUACAAGAGUCUGAUUCACCUUCACCUUCAGUUACAAGAAUACCUUUAGGUAAUCCGUCACGUAAAUCUCGUGGUAUUGACACAACAUUUCCGCUAAUACCACCGAUAAGCAAGAAACGUAGUCUGACUGGAGUCAAUCCCGAUGCUGAUGGUCCACCAUUUUACGCGCCAAUUUUUAAUUUAUUAAAAGCGAGUCUAGGUUUUAUUCUAUGGCCGCUCAGUAAACUACUUAAUCUUAUAGGUUUUUCCGUGUUCUUUUUAAUAGCAUUAAUCCAACAGACAAUAUUAUUUGUUUGGAGAAAUUUAACUGGUCAUGGACAAUUUGUUAGAAUACUUGACACCUCAUCUUCGGAUGCAUCACCACCUGUUGUCGCACCGUCAUUAGUAGUUGCUACGUCUACUGCUCGAAAUGGUAGACGAUAUUGGUGGAUUUUGUGGAUGCUUUUGUUGCUUUGGCUAUUAUGGAACGUGAGAUUUGGCUCUGAAGAUAAGACAACAAUUGAAUAUAUACGUGAAUUUCCGGUUCGAGACAAACUCCGAUUCUGGCCAUUCAAUGACCCUAAAAGAAGAAUACCAUUUUCAGGGUCGGGUAACAGUGACGACUCUGCAAAGUUUGAUCUUCUUUAUAUAAAACGGUUAAUCGCUGAAGAAGUUCGAACAUCUUGCGAGGGUAAGGCGCCAACUAUCAAUUCAAAUGGAAUGAUUGAACCUCAUUUAAUACAAUUACAAGGAUAUAUAUCGUCCGAAGUCAAGAAUAUUUGCGCCUCGAACGCUGCCAAUUUAAAGAAUCAAUUAACCGAUGAUCUUCGCAAAAUUAAGAACGACGUUGGCAAUGACGUAGCAAGUGGCAUUAACAAUGUAAAUAGUAAUAUUAACACUAUGAAAAGUGGCGUGAAAAAUGACAUUAAUGAUAUCAAGAGCCAAUUGAACGAUUUUCAGAAUACAGUAAAUGGCGACAUCAAGAAUUUACGUAAUACCGUAAAGACCGAUAUAAAUGAUGUCCAAACAGAUAUUAAAAGUGGCGUGAAGAAUGACAUUAAAAAUCUACGGAAUGAAAUCAAAACUGAUAUGAAUGAAUUGAAAAAUGGAAUAAAGAAUGAAAUAAAGCAUGAAUACAAGAUCGAUAUAAAUCUUAUCAAGGGCGGAGUAAACGAGGAUAUGAAAAACAUGAGAAAAGAUAUACGAAACGAACUUGGACAUGAUCUCGAUGUAUUCAAACAUGACCUUAGUGAUGUUCAAAAGGAAUUCCGAAGUGAGAUCAAAGACGAAAUAAGGAAUCAGAUGAGAGGCGAUCUUAAGAGUGAACUGAAGACCGAGGUUCGAAAUGAAGUCAAGAAUGAAAUUUCAAACGAAAUAAAAACUCAAAUUUCGAGAACUAAAUCCGUAAGAGUGCCAAGUUGGAAGGGAGGUGAAGAUUUGUUGGAGAUGAUCAGAUCCGAGUCUCGUAAAAUUGUUGAAGAAGAGUUACUCGUAUUCUCUCAGGAUAAAUUGAAUCGACCUGAUUUUGCGCUUCAUUCUGGGGGCGCAAAAAUCAUAAGUCGAUUCACCAGUAAAACGUAUGAAUUGUGGCCUGAAGAAUGGUACAAAAAACUUUUUGCUAAAGUUUCUGGUCAAGGAAUUCUUCGCGGUAAACCACCUGUUACAGCAAUAUCACCGGAAACACAUGUUGGUCAUUGUUGGCCAUUUGCGGGUCAGGAAGGUCAACUAGCGAUAUUAUUAAAUCGACGCGUUUAUGUCACCGCUAUUACUUAUGAUCAUGUGAGCAGACACGUAACUUUUGAUGUUGCAAGUGCACCCAAAGAUUUCGAAGUGUGGGGAAUCAUUGAUGAGGGAAAUGGCGCCCAAGGUACACCCAGACCACAAGAUCCCGAUGAAGAAACAGUCGGAGAAAUGUUUAAGGAAGCAGAAGAUUACAUGGAAUCCCAAGAAGAAGAAUGCGGAUUCCGAGAAGACGGACAAUAUGUCACACAUAAAAGCGGUAACUUACCAACCUCCAAACCAAGUGCACUCUCUGAAAUCGAUCCACGAAUAGAAAAUGCCACAUCCGGCGAACUCAAACUAGGCUCAUCUCCCCUUCACUUUUUCCUCGGAAGUUACACUUACAAUAUCAAUGGUCUCCCCGUGCAAACCUUCGAAAUCCCGGAGCAUAUUCGAAAAGAGAAUCGACCUAUCCGCGCUAUAAUUAUGAAGGUUAAUAGUAAUUGGGGAAAGCCUGGGUAUACUUGUCUUUAUCGGUUUCGUGUGCAUGGUGAUCCUGUUGAUAAGAUUGUGGCAUAA